CUUACCAUGACCUCCCUCUUGCACUUGAACAACCACUCCUCGUCUUCCCCGCUCCCACCGCACCACCCCGCUCAUCUCUCACUACUCUGCAUGAACAUUCCCUCCUCUCAUACCCUCCACUACAACGGCAUAAACGUGUUUCCCGUCCUGCCGUCCAUUUUCCUUCUACCGUCCUUCCAUACGCCCAUCGGCAUGAACACGUUCAAUUUCCACCUGACACACGCUUACCCUGCACCUUGGUUGACAUCCCUCCACACCAGCCUAAUCCAACCAAUCAUAGCCACCGCAAUGUUUCAAACAACAGAGGCAAAAGUAACCACGCCUCUUGUUUCUCCAUGA